AUGAGGUUUCUGCUGCUGAUUGUCUGUGUGCUGCCCGUGUGCCGCGCGGCGCCCAUCCUGUGCACCCUGUACGGAUACAACUGUCCGACACAGCCGGCGACCACCACCGAGCCGCAGCCGCAGCCGGCGCAGACGCCAGCUGAGGCCUCGCUGCUGGCGCAGCAGCAGGCCUACCUGCAGCAGCUGCAGCAGUUCCAGCAGGCACAGCAGGCGCAGCAGGCACAGCAGGCGCAGCAGGCUCCGGAGCCCGCGGCGGCCGCAUUGCAAGAGCAUCAAGCGCAGCUGGCACAGCAGCAGCAGGCUUAUGAACUCGCCCAGCAGAAAGAGCAGCAGCAGCAGGCUGCCGAGCAGGCUGCUCAGCAGCAAGCCGCCCAACAGCAGGCCGCUCAGCAGCAGGCCGCCCAGCAGCAGGCCGCCCAGCAGCAGGCUGAACUAGCUGCCCAGCAGGCGGCGACCACGCCGCAGCCGGAUGCAGCUACCCUGGCUGCCAGCAAGUUCCAGGCUGCCUUUGACGCGGCAGUAGCGGCCAUCGCCGCGGCGGCCGCGCGAGGCGAGAGGUUCGACCCGGUGGCGUACGCCAAGGCGGCGUCGGCAGCGGCCGCGGCCGACCCGCCGGCGCCGCAGCUCUCGGCCGACCCAUUCCAGGUGGCCGCGCAGACUCCUCUGAACGCGUACGAGCCGGCGCCGCAGAAGGCGGCCCAGUUCCAGGUGCCCGUGGCACCGACUCUGCCUCCGACUACCACCACGACCACCACCACGACCACCACGACCACCCCGGCGCCGGCGGUGGACCCGGCGGCGGCCAGUCGGUUCCUGGCGGACGCUGCGCAGCUGGCGCCCGGCGCCUACUACUACCCUGGCUACUCGCUCUACUACAACCAGCUGAGCCAGAACCCGCUCCUGUACCAGCAGGGCGCCAGCGCACCCUCGGCCCCGGAGCAGUCGCCCCCGACGGCCGGGUAG